AUGGCUUACAGAGAAGUAGCACACAAAGAGAAACUUAAUCUCUUACACAGGUUAGAGUUGUCUCCACAUUCAAAGACACCAGAUACUGUGCUGGAAUGGACUGAUCUUCGUAUAGACUCUGCUCAUACAGUCAACCUACCAGAGUCCAUUGACAGGUGUAGAAAUGUUAAGAAGAUAUCUGCAGCACAUAACUGGUUAUCUUCUUUGCCACAGUCCAUAUCCAACCUGCCACACCUCACAGUGUUGAACCUAUCCCAUAAUUCAUUCACUACAUUCCCCAUAGCACUGUGUGGCUUGACUAACCUAGCGAUGCUGGACCUGUCAUACAACCAGCUAUCUGACAUACCAGAAGAUAUAACCAGGUUGAAGGUGCUCAGAAUAUUCAGACUCAAAAACAAUGCCUUCACUACAUUCCCCAUAGCACUGUGUGGCCUGACUAACCUAGAGGUGCUGAGCCUGAGUAACAACCAGCUAUCUGACAUACCAGUGGAUAUCAGCAGGUUGAAAGUGCUCAGAAUAUUCAGACUCAAAAACAAUGCCUUCACUACAUUCCCCAUAGCACUGUGUGGCUUGACUAACCUAGAGGUGCUGAGCCUGAGUAACAACCAGCUAUCUGACAUACCAGUGGAUAUCACCAGGAUGAAGGGGCUUAGAAUAUUCCACCUCAAUAACAAUGCCUUCACUACAUUCCCCAUAGCACUGUGUAGCUUGACUAACCUAAAGGAGCUGGGCCUGGAUAACAACAAGCUAUAUUACAUACCAGUGGAUAUCACCAGGAUGAAGGGGCUUAGAAGAUUUGACCUCAAUUACAAUGCCUUCACUACAUUCCCCAUAGCACUGUGUGGCCUGAAUUACCUAGAAAAGCUGUAUCUGAGUGGUAAUCAGCUAUCUGACAUACCAGUGGAUAUCACAAAGUUGACUAAACUUGAGAUACUUAUCCUGGCAUACAAUAACAUCACCCACUUGCCACCUCAGAUGAGUAAUAUGGAGAGUCUAAAAAAACAAGAUGUGAAAGGUAAUCCUCUGGUACAACCGCCUAAAGACACAGCCAACAGGGGACUAGAUGCUAUCAAGAGGUACUUAAAGGCAUUAAAACUGAGCAAGUCAAUCCAGUCAAGUAGAAUACAGGUCAACUUUCUUGGUGAAACAGAAGCAGGAAAAACUAGCAUUUCACGUACAUUGCAACGAGGAGAAUCAACCCUCACAAAGAAGGCAGACAGAACAAGAGUGGUGGAGCAGGGAACAUGGGAGGCUGAUAAAGAUAUUGGCUUCAAUAUCAAUGACUUUGGUGGACAUGAUGUCUAUAAAAUAGGACACCCAAUUUUCAUCUCAAAACAUGGCUUGGUUUUCAUCACUUUCAACCUGUCUAAAUAUGAUCCAGAAAAGGAGGCUCAUUAUCAGCUCUACAUUGGAGACUGGAUAGACAAAGUGCAAGCACAGAUGCCAGGGAUACAAAUAGCACUAAUUGUUCCAAGACUAAACAAGGAUUUAAUGAGCUUACUGUUUAUCUAA